GCGACGGAGAGAAGAGGAGCGAGAGUGGAGGUGAAGAAACGAACGAACGAAAGCAUCGGUCCAAGACCAAGCGACUGUAACGCGCGAGAGCGGAGCGGCCACGGGACCGCUCUUCGACACGAACCGCACAAACCGCACGCGUUCGACCAGGAGAGAGCAAGUGGGGGAUAUCGGGAAGGCCAUUUUCGUUGCCGGUGCGCGAUACGCGCGACAUAGACAACGGCCGGCGUGCCGAGAGGAACGUGCGCGACUGACCACUUAUCGCUCGUCACGCUCCGCGUCGUUGCCGUCGACGUCGUUCGCGAGCCCACGUUUCCACGUCCACGGGUCGGCGCGAGGUUACCGGCGGGAGAACGAGCGGCCGUGCGAAAAAUCGAGCCGAGACGCCACGCGACGACGUGUCGUUACACCUCCGGUGCGCGGUGCGUCGUAUUACCGUGGGUUUUGUUUUUACGCGUACGUGUGUCGUAGCGUAGCGCCGCGACGCCCAGUCCGAUCCACGCUCAACCGUAACCGGGGGCUGUUGUCCCCGUUACCGUCGACAUCGUCGUCUCCGAGGCGGCGCGAACCACAUCGUUUGUUCGAUAAGGAGAGGAGAGCUCGACAACGGUCGGACUCUAGUGCUACGUUAUCAAGCAACAUCGUCGACGUCGUCGUCGUCGUCUAACGUCUUGGCUAGUGUCGCGCGACACGAGAAUCUGUAGUCGACCGAAAUGCCGACCAGUCUGUUCAGCGAGAUGGACCGCGGUACGAGCGGCGGCUUCGAGGACCAGCGCGCCCUGCAGCUCGCCUUCGAGCUCUCGAUGCUCGGCAUCCCGGAGGGCUCGUCCGGCUGCCCGGGCGUCGGUACCGGCAACGGCAGCAACACCGAUCCGGAUCCGCUGCAGGCCGCGCCGGCCGUCUUCGAGGAGGCGCGUUCUAAGAAGAGCCAGAACAUGACCGAGUGCGUGCCGGUGCCCAGCAGCGAACACGUGGCGGAGAUCGUCGGCCGACAGGGCUGCAAGAUCAAAGCCCUUCGAGCGAAGACGAACACCUACAUCAAGACGCCGGUGCGCGGUGAAGAACCCGUCUUCGUCGUCACCGGUCGCAAGGAGGACGUGGCCCGUGCGAAGCGCGAGAUUCUUUCCGCCGCGGAACACUUCUCGCAGAUUCGCGCGUCGCGCAAGAGCUCGUUGGGCGCUCUCCUAGGCGCGCCACCCGGGCCACCCGCGACGGUGCCCGGUCACAUAACGAUUCAGGUACGAGUGCCCUACAGAGUAGUGGGUCUGGUCGUAGGCCCUAAAGGCGCGACCAUCAAGCGAAUUCAGCAUCAGACGCAUACCUACAUCGUGACGCCCAGUCGCGACAAGGAGCCCGUAUUUGAGGUGACGGGACUACCGGAAAGCGUCGAAGCGGCCAGACGCGAGAUACAGGCUCACAUCACCCUGCGGACCGGCAACGCACCCGGCGUUGUCGACGAUACCGACCUGCUCGGCGCUCUCUGUCGCGGCGGUCUUGGCUCGGUUCUGGGUAUUCAAAGUAUCGAACAACCGGGAUCCAACAGCUCUAACAGCUCUAACGGGGCGUACUCGAGCAGUGCCAGCUGCAGCAGCUCGACCAGCAGCACCGCUGGCAUGGGGAUGACCGACCUCGUCUCUAUUUGGAGCGGAACGAUGGAGAGAGACGAGGGACUCGGCGACUCGCCGUCGUUCGAGUCGCAGCCGACCUCGACAUCGUCGAUCUGGUCGUUUCCGAGUGUCGCGCUACCCUCGAGGCCGUCGCCGCCGGCGACGGCGAGCCCGGCGUCGCCCACGGACUCGCUUCUGGGCGGCGGACGGCGGGACUGCGUCGUAUGCGGCGAGAAGGAAGUCAACGCGGCACUGGUACCCUGCGGACACAAUCUCUUCUGCAUGGACUGCGGCAAUCGGGUCUGCGACAGCGACGACCCAAACUGCCCGGUAUGCGCCAGGCGUGUCCUGCAGGUGCUCCGUAUCUUCUCCUAA